AUAGCGAUCCGGUCCCUUUCCCUGCUGAGCUUUGCCUGGACCCCGUCAGCGCGCCGACUCUGACGUCAUCACAGCGCGACAGCAUCGACCGACGAAGCCUGAGAGAAAAGAGCGCGACCCGGGGACCGGGGAGGGGAUGAGAGGACACGGGAGCGGAUCCACUGCGGACAUGUGCGGCCCGGUAUCCCCACCAUGAGGCACACUCCAGUCCAGCGCCACCUGCCUCCGCUCUCCCUCCUGCCUCCUGGCAGACAUGACAAGCUCUUCCUGGCCCGGAGGAAUGAAGGCUGGGGGGCAGCGGAGGAAGAGGAGGAAGAGGAGAUGAGUUUAAGGUCAUGCACGCCCCCUCCCAGGCAGCGCAGAGGAAGGCGCCAGAGACUGCGCACCCUCCGCGCCCUCUACCUGCGCCUGUUCAAGCGCUCCGUCACGCAGCCCUUCCACUGGAAGCUGUGGGGAGGCCUGGGGGGCCGGAGGAGGCGCUUUGCGCUCAGGAGGCGCGAGGGGGGAGGUUCUGUGGGGACGGAAGCGCUAAAGACACAGCACAGGGAAGGGGCCGACGAAAACGCUUCUGUGGCCAAUCACGUUACAGAAGAAGAGUCAGGUCCCCCCCGUGGACUGCCCAAUGGAUUCUCCCCACUCCCCUUAGAACCCGAUUCCAUACUCAUCACCAAUGUCUGCAGCGUUGGCACCCAAGACAGCAACGGCCCCAAUGGGGUCCACCCUGAAGAAGAGCUGACUCCUCCUCCUGAAAAGGAGACCCCGCCCCCUGUGGCACUGACAGAGGAGCAUGUCGCCUGCGUGCAAAGCUUUCUGGACCAGUCCCUCCAUACCUACGGGAGCCUCAUACCGAUAGCAACAGAAGAAGUGUUAGAAAAGCUGGAAGAUGUUUUUCAGCAGCUAUUUUCAACCCCUGCCAGGAAGGCCAUGGUGCAGCAUCUGAUCCAGUCUUACCAGCGUCUGCCGGGCAAUGCUAUGCUGCGCGGCUUCCGUGUAACAUACAAAAGGCAUGUGCUUAGCAUGGAUGAUUUGGGGACCCUGUAUGGACAGAACUGGCUCAAUGACCAGGUAAUGAACAUGUAUGGGGAUUUAGUCAUGGAUGCUGUGCCGGAGAAGGUCCAUUUCUUCAACAGCUUCUUCUACGACAAACUGAGGACGAAAGGAUACGAAGGAGUGAAGAGAUGGACCAAAAACGUGGACAUAUUUAACAAGCAGCUGCUGCUGAUCCCCAUCCACCUGGAGGUGCACUGGUCGCUGGUUUGUGUGAACGUCUCCAAGAGGACCAUUACUUACUUCGAUUCCCAGCGCACCCUCAACCGGCGCUGCCCCAAGCACAUAGCCAAAUAUCUCCAGGCUGAAGCGAUAAAGAAGGACCGGCCGGACUUUGUCAGCGGCUGGAAGGGAUUCUUCAAGAUGAAUGUCGCCAGACAGAAUAACGACAGCGACUGCGGCGCGUUUGUAUUGCAGUACUGUAAGUUCCUGGCCCUCGGCCUCCAGUUCUCCUUUGGCCAGCAGGAUAUGCCCAAACUCCGCCGGCAGAUGUACAAGGAGCUCUGUCACUGCAAGCUGACGGUGUGA